ACCUGGGAGGACAUCCACAACAACUGCUCUUCAGCUCAUUUAAAGAGAUGGGAAUAAUUGACCAGGUUAAGGACACGGUGUCCAAGGCGGUGUUCACGCCUUCUACUCUGUUAUCCGGAAGAGGGGCGCUGCACAUGGCUCAGAUCAUUCUGUCUCUGGUCACCUUCAUCCUGGCCUUAUUCAGAGGAGGGAGCAGCCACAGCUACUGGAACUACGCUAUGUUCGCCUGGGCCUUCUGCGCCAUCAUGACCCUCAUCAUCACCAUUAUUGAGAUGAUGAAGCUCGACAUUAUACUCGAUAUGUUUUGCAUGGACUGGUCUGACUUUGCCACGGGGAUGGCCAUGUCUUCUUCACUCAUGACCGUCUCUGUCGCUAUCAUCUAUGUCAACUUCUACGCCUGCCUGAAAUGUCUGUACGGCUUGAUAGUGAGCAUAUUUGCUAUCCUGUCUGGAGUUGUCUACGUGCUGGAGGUGGUGAAGGAGAAAUUUAUGGAUAAAAAGAAAGGGAGCUACCUGUCUGCGCUGCCCGGAUUCUGGAAGGUGAUGGAGGCCUUCGUGAGCUGCAUGAUUUUCGUCUCACUGACUGGUUACAGAGACAAGCCAGCUUUGAUCAUAUGCGUCAUAGCAUACAUCAUCCCGUUUCCCAUCCUGCCAGUAAUCAUAGCCACCAACAUCCUCAAAAAGCUGAAGAAAUGUCUGCCAUUUAACCUGGACAGGUUUGUGUUCAUAUUCCUGGUGAUAUCUGUUGUGCUGUACAUUCUUGCUGCUAUUCUGUGGCCCAUUUUUAUGUUCAGAAACAAUCCGCGUCCCAGCGACUGUCCACCCAGCUUCUGCAUAUGGGCCAUUCAGUUUAUGGUUGCAUUUCUGACAUAUGUGAAUCUCAUUCUUUUCACAGUGGACCUCAUUUUUACCUUGCUUGGUAUCUGCGGCUUUAAACGCACAUAAACUCAGAAUUCUGCCUUUCUGUCUUUGCCAUAUAUUUCUCCAUGCAGCAUUAAACAUAGAUUAGAGGAGUUAAGACUUCUCUCUAAAGUUUUCUAGAUGUGUUCAG